AUGGAAAAAGACAAUCUAACCUCCGGCUUUGUUCUUCUGGCCUUCUCAGACUUUCACUGUAACCGUGCAGCUCUCUUCGCCACCAUUCUGGUCAUAUACGUCCUCACAUGGACGGCUAACUUAGUUCUAGUAAGUUCUAUUAAACUUUCUCCACAGCUGCACACGCCCAUGUACUUUUUCUUGGGGAACCUGUCAGUAGUGGACAUCUUUUUAUCUAACGUGACGGUUCCCAAGCUAUUGUCCUGCAUUCUUUAUGGAAGAGCCUCAAUCACCUUCCUUGGCUGUUUCCUGCAGAUGUUCUUCUUUCUGUUUCUCGGCACCACUGAGAGUCUUCUUCUGGCAGUCAUGGCUUUUGAUCGAUGUUUGGCUAUCUGUAACCCCUUACACUAUAUAUUGUUAAUGAAUGAUAGGGUUAUGGUCAUGCUGGGUGGUAUCUGUUGGGUGGCAGGAGCUGCGCAUUCAAUAUUGCACACUUACAUUCUGUCACAGUUAGCAUACUGUGAGGACAGGCUGAUCCCUCACUUCUUCUGUGAUUUGACCCCCCUCAUCAAACUGUCCUGCUCCAGUACCACUUUGGCUGAGCUCUUAAUAUACACUGAAGGGUCUAUGGCUGUUAUAGUUCCAUUCCUUUUCAUACUCAUCUCCUAUGUGCUCAUUGGAUGGGCUAUUAUGAAGAUGAAGACCAGCAGCAGCCGAAGCAAAGCCUUCUCCUCCUGUUCUUCUCAUCUCAUGGUCAUUUGCUUGUUCUAUGGUAGUGACAUUUCCAUUUACUUCCGCCCACCAUCAGACUACUCCUCCCAGUAUGACCGCAUUGUCAGCAUGGCUUACACCAUCAUCACACCUAUGCUGAAUCCUUUCAUUUAUAGUUUAAGGAACCAAGAUGUGAAACGGGCUCUGAAGAAGCUCAUCAUGAAAUACUUUUCCUCACAGCCAAACUAA